AUGCCACACCUGAAAAUAGCCAUCAUUGGUGCUGGCCCUGCAGGUUGUCUGUUGGCUCCAUACUUGAUUCAGGGCAGCAUCGAGGUUACCAUCUUUGAAGCUGAAGAUUCUCCGACAGCACGAUCUCAAGGUGGCACUCUAGAUCUCCAUCCCAACACUGGCAUAUCCGCUAUUGAGGAAGCUGGACUUGGUGUCGCACUUUCGAAGCUCCUCCGUUGCGGUGGAUCCCGUCUCAAAGUCGUUGAUCAAAGGCUUCAAACUUACUUCUACCUGCCGUCAGCGUUGCACAAUGCCCCGGAAAUCGACCGGGAGCAGUUACGCACCAUGCUAUUAGCUUCAAUCCCCGACCAGGUCAUCCGCUGGAGCCACAAGUUAAAAGAAAUUCCGUCUCCGGGUGUCCUAACUUUUGACAACGGCCAGUCAGAGGCAGAUUAUAACCUGAUCGUGGGUGCUGACGGAGCGUGGAGUCAGGUUCGGAGAGCCCUCAGCAAUCAGCUUCCGGUGUAUUCUGGCGUGUCAGGCUAUGACUUAAACAUACCAGACGCAGUGAAUAUUUCUCCGGCCUCUUCAGAUUUGGUGGGCGGCGGAACAAUCUUUGCAUUUGCGAACGGCAAGUCUAUCAUCGGCCAGCAGCUCGGUAGUGGAAGCAUUUCGGUCUCGGUGUGGAGCCGGCAGGGUGACGGCUGGAUGACGGACCGCCGAGAACAGUCCCCCCUGCCAGCUGAUAUACUCGACGGUUACAAUGACUGGGCUCCGGAAUUGCAGACUUUGGUCGUGGACGCAAUUGGACCAAUUCGGAUCUCUGCACUUUACAUGUUGCCUCUCGGCUUCAGAUGGGACCACAAGCCAGGCAUCACGCUCGUCGGGGAUGCGGCACAUCUGUGUACACCUUUUGGAGGAGAAGGAGUCAACCUAGCCCUUCGAGACGCCCAGAAGCUGGGCAGAGCAAUCAUCGAAGCUUCUCGAGAUAGGGAUCUAGUUACCAACCUUGACAAAAGAGUGGCAGUGUAUGAAGCUGAUCUGUUCAAGACAGGCCACAAAGCCCAGGUGAUGGCGUACGAUAUGAUGAGAGCAAUGUACUUCACUAACGGAGCCCCUCGUGCAGGAAUUGAAUCGUGGGUGAUUGCUCGUGCAGUAUACAACACACCGCAGAUCCUGGUGGGUGUUCACCACCUCCUUCUAGCGGUCGGCGUGUACAGUCUAUUUUUCUUCAUCAAACUCUUUAUCUGA